AUGAGGAACAUCCUUGUAUCUGUGCUGGUGGCACUUGCAGCCAGUUCGUUGACAUUCGCAAUUCCCCUGGCUUCCGACUUAAUAGCCGAGCGUCAAGCCUGCGAGAAUUCCCCAACAUCUAGAAGUUGCUGGGGCGAAUAUGACAUUGAUACCGAUUUUUAUACGACUUUCCCAAACACUGGUGUUAUACGAGAGUACUGGCUCUCCAUUGAGAACAAUACUAUCGCACCAGAUGGAUAUACUCGUCAAGUCUUGUCAUUUAACGGAACAGUACCCGGCCCAGCGAUCACGGCCGACUGGGGUGAUACCCUGGUCGUUCAUGUCACAAACAACCUUGAGUAUAACGGAACCACUGUUCAUUGGCAUGGAAUGCGACAACUCAACUCUGUUGAGUACGAUGGUGUUCCAGGUGUCACGCAAUGUCCGAUCGCUCCCGGAGAUUCUCUCACGUACAGCUUCCAAGUCACCCAAUACGGCUCUUCGUGGUAUCACUCCCACUUUUCACUGCAGUAUGGUGAUGGACUUGUUGGACCUUUGCUCAUUAACGGACCCGCCACCGCUGACUACGACGAGGAUCUAGGAUUGCUGUUUCUUUCUGACUGGUCCCACACUCCGGUUUUCCAAAUCUGGGACGUCGCUAAGCAAGGUGGACCGCCUACACUUGAAAAUGGCUUGAUUAAUGGCACAAACACAUUCAAUUGCGGCAACACUACUGAUGUGAACUGUGUUGGUGGUGGUGUCAAGCACGUCAACGUUUUCGAGGCUGGAAAGAAGUAUAGAAUGAGACUUGUCAGCUCUGCUAUAGACGGUCAUUUUCAAUUCUCUAUUGACGGUCAUGAUUUCCAAGUCAUUUCCAACGACCUUGUUCCAAUUGUUCCUUAUACAACAGACAACCUUCUUAUCGCCAUUGGUCAGCGAUACGAUAUUGUAGUUGAAGCUAAAGCAACACCCGGCAACUACUGGCUUCGAGCAGGAUGGGUGGACGCAUGCACACCCAACAAGAACGCGAAAGAUAUGACAGCUAUUAUAAGGUACGACGCAGACAGCACGGCUUUACCAACUACAAAUUCCGCUGUUACCAAAAUUGCAACUUGCGGUGACGAGGACAUGACCAAUUUGGUCCCUCACCUGGCAAUGGACGUUACCGCGAACUUAGCCACCGAUCUCGAACUUAACAGUUUGGGUUUCGUUGUCGACGACUACUUCAAAUGGCAACUCAACUCAAGCAGUCUCAUUCUCGACUGGAAUGCCCCCACAACGUUAAAGAUAUUCAACAACGAGUCCAUCUGGCCAACUGCAUACAACGUCCAGGCGCUCGAGAAUGGAGACGAUCCAGAAUCCUGGGCUGUCUAUGUCAUCGAAGACAACACCGGGUUGGGCAUCUCUCAUCCAAUUCAUCUCCACGGCCACGAUUUCUGGGUUAUCGCUCAAGACACCGGCCUGUUCGAGGCUGGGAAGUCGAAUAUCAACCUCAAGAACCCUCCUCGUCGUGACACCGCCACUCUUCCGGGUAACGGUCAUAUCGCUAUUGCUUUCAAGAAAGACAAUCCAGGAUCUUGGCUCCUCCACUGUCACAUCGCGUGGCAUGUCUCUGAGGGGUUUGCGAUGCAGUUCGUGGAGUCGGAGUCGCAAAUUUCUCUUACGAUGACUGACUCUGCGACUUUCGCCGAUACUUGCGAUGCUUGGCAGCCUUAUUCUUCGACCAUGAUCUAUCCGCAGGAUGACUCUGGCGUGUAA